GCCGCUCCCGCCGCACUUUCGCGCCCCUCUGGGUCCCGCCGGCGCGCAGCAUGGCUCUGCCCGCGCCCGGGGCGCUGCCUCUGCUCCUCCUGCUGCACCUCGCCGCCUCCUCCAAGCUCAACACCCCCAAGGUGCUGCUCCCCUUCACCCGCGGCACCCGCGUCAACUUCACGCUAGAGGCCAGCGAGGGCUGCUACCGAUGGUCGUCCACGCGGCCGGAGGUGGCGAGCAUCGAGCCGCUGGGGCCGGCCGGCUGCCGCUGCUCGCAGAGGGCGCUGGUCCAGGCACGCUCCUCGCAGCCCACGCGCCUCACCGCCAUCAUCUCUGCCGAGGACACACUGACUGGACAAGUGCUUCGCUGUGAUGCCAUCGUUGAUUUAAUUCAUGGCAUUCAAGUUGUGUCCACAACGAGAGAGCUCUACCUUGAGGAUUCACCACUGGAGCUCAAAAUUCAUGCUUUGGAUUCAGAAGGAAACACUUUCAGCACUCUGGCAGGGUUGGUGUUUGACUGGACAGUGGUGAAGGACCCAGAGGCCGAUGGCUUCUCAGACUCCCACAACGCUCUACGUAUACUCAAGUUCUUAGAAUCCACUUACAUCCCACCUUCCUAUAUAUUGGAAAUGGAAAAAGUUGCCAAGCAAGGAGAUACCAUUUUGGUGUCUGGAAUGAAGACAGGGAGUUCUAAAUUAAAGGCAAGACUUCAGGAAAGCAUCUAUAAGGAUGUACACCCUGCAGAAGUUAGAUUGCUUAUUUUGGAAAACAUCCUUUUAAAUCCAGCAUAUGACAUUUAUCUUCUGGUAGGAACAUCAAUUCAGUACAGAGUUCAGAAACUGAGGCAAGGGAAGAUCACAGAAAUAGCAAUGCCAUCAGAGCAGUAUGAGCUGCAGCUCCAGAACAACAUCCUCCAUCCCAAGGGAGAUCCCUCCCGGUCAGUUGCCAAGCUGGACCAGGCAACAUCCACUGUGACUGCAUUGCAGCAGGGCCAAACCAACCUCAUCCUGGUGCACAAGAGUAUCCGCAUGCAGGGGGUGUCCAGGCUGCCCAACAGCACUGUCUAUGUGGUACCUCCUGCAUAUUUGGGAUUUACAGUUCAUCCAGGUGACAGAUGGGUCCUGGAAACGGGCAGGCUUUAUGAAAUUACAGUUGACGUGUAUGAUAAAUCAAGCAAUAAGGUGUAUUUAUCUGAUAGUAUCCGAAUUACUACAGAGCUGUCCAAAGAACACUUUGAGGUGCUGCAGUCCUCUCUGAAUGGGUCCUACCAUUAUGUGAUGGCUGUGAAGGCAGGUCAGACCACGAUUGAUGCUGCGCUGACAUCAGUAGUUGAUCAGGAUGGAGGUGUUCAUACCUUACCAGUUCCAGUGCAAAACCAGCAGGAUUUGGAGAUCUAUGUUCCAAUACUUCUUGUACCCAGCAUUCUGAUGUUUCCUUGGCAGCCAAAAGCAGGAGUCUACCAGUACACCAUCCAGGCUCAGGGUGGAAGUGGCAACUUCAGCUGGUCCUCCUCUAGCCAGGCAGUAGCCACAGUGACAGUCAAAGGGGUGAUGACCACGGGGAGCGAUGCUGGGGUCAGCAUUAUUCAGGCACUUGACGUGCGGAACCCCCUGCAUUAUGGAGAAAUGAAGGUGUACGUGAGCGAGCCCAGCGCCAUGGAGUUCACUGCCUGCCAGGUGGAGGCACACGUGGGGCAGGUGCUGGAGCUGCCCCUGAGGAUCAGUGGCAGGACCAGUGGGGACAGGGGCGAGCUGGUCCCCUUGAGCAACUGCUCACAGCUGGAGCUGGCCGUGGAGCUGGAGAACCCCGGCGUGUUCAGCCUGCUUGAAGGAAGACUUAAGCCAAGUGCUGAUUUUUGCAGUGGACUGAGAGUGAAGGCUGAAUUUCAGGGGUACGCCAGGCUGGUGGUUGUGUACGCCCACGGGCACGUGCGCCUCAGUGCCAGCAUCACCAUCGCCGCUUACCUCCCUCUGAGAGCUAUUGAUCCACCGUCUGUCGCUUUAGUGACUUUGGGUUCCUCUAAGGAUGUGUUGUUUGAAGGAGGACCAAGGCCGUGGGUCCAAGAACCUUCCAAGUUCUUCAGGAAUGUUGCUGCUGAGGAUGCAGAAAGCAUUGCCCUGUUUUUACUUGAACCUCCCACACCUCGAAACAACAACCAGCACUGGGUUAGGGUGCUGUGCAGGAGCCUGGGAGAGCAGGUUAUUACCUUAACAGUUGGGAACAGCCCCACAGUCACCAACCCUUUCCCAGUGGUUGAGCCUGCUGUGGUGAAGUUUGUCUGUGCUGUCCCUUUCCGGCUGACUUUGAUUCCUGUUUAUGGCAGCCCUCAGCUGGAUCUCUCCUGCCCUUUGCUCCAGCAGAGCAAGCAAGUGGUCCCUGUUUCCAAUUACCGCAAUCCAAUACUGGAUUUGGCUGCCUAUGACCAGCAAGGCAGGAAAUUUGAUAACUUCAGCUCUCUUAGUGUUGUGUGGGAAUCCACAAAUAAGGCCAUUGCUCGUAUUGAGCUGGAGCUGCCAAUGGAGCUCACUCUGAAGGAAGAGGACAAUGGUCAGAAGAAAAUGCACGGCUUACAAACUGUGGUAGUUGACCGUGAGUUUGGAACUGCUGCCAUCUCUGCCACUGCCACUGGAUUCCAGCAGCCCCACCUGAAGGCAGCCAGAGCCAAAAUACCGCACGAAGCUGUGCUCCCAGGGCCUGCCACCAUUGAACUGAUGCUCGUGGAAGAUGUGAAGGUGAGCCCCACUGGGCUCUCCAUCUACAACCACCCUGACGUCCAGGCAGAACUUCUCAUCCAACAAGGUUCUGGGUAUUUUUUCAUUAAUACCAGUGUGCCAAAUAUUGUAAGAGUGACACAUGAGGAGACUGAAGGCAUUGCUUUGGUGCAGCCUCUGCUCCCAGGAUCAGUGACUGUAAUGAUUCAUGACCUGUGUCUGGCUUUCCCUGCCCCAGCUGAAGCUGAAAUUCAUGUAUCUGAUAUCCAGGAAUUGUACGUGCGAGUUGUUGACAAGGUGGAGAUUGGAAAAACAGUUAAGGCUUAUGUCAGAGUUCUGGAUGAUUCAAAGAAACCUUUUCCAGCAAAAUACUUCUCUGUCAUGGAUCUCAGUCUCAGAGCAGCAUCUCAGCUUGUCUCACUUGUCCCCCUGAGGGAGGCUCUGGAUGACCACACUGCUGCUUUCCUGGUGCGUGGGAUGACCAUUGGGCAGACGAGCCUGAUGGCAACUGUGGCUGACAGAAGAGGACAGAGAAUCAACUCUGCUCCACAGCAGAUUGAAGUCUUUCCCCCAUUUAGACUGCUGCCAAGGAAAGUGACCCUAAUUAUUGGGGCCAUGAUUCAGAUCACUGCUGAGGGAGGCCCUCAGCCGCUCUCCAACAUCAUUUUCUCUAUUGACAACGAGCACAUUGCAGCAGUGAACAGCUCUGGGCUGGUCAGAGGAGUGGCCAUUGGCAGUGGGGUGGUGACAGGAGUGCUGCAGGCUGUUGAUGCAGAGACAGAGAAGCUUGUGGCUGUAUCCCAGGACAAGGUGGAAGUUGAGGUGGUACAGCUGACAGCUGUGAGAAUUUGGGCACCCAUCACACGAAUGAAAGCUGGUACUCAGAUGCCAGUUUAUGUCAUGGGCAUCACCAGCACUCAGACUCCUUUCUCCUUUGGCAAUGCUGUGCCGGGGUUAACGUUCCACUGGUCUGUCACCAAGAGGGACACUCUGGAUGUCAGGACAAGGCACAGUGAGGUGUUUGAAAAACUUCAUCUAGUCACUCCAGAGGCAGAAGCAGAGCAGAUCCUCAUGUCGCCAAAUUCCUUCAUUAAACUUCUGACCAACAGGGACCGAGUGGCCUCCCUAAGUUACCGUGUCCUGGAUGGGCCAGACAAAGUCCCUGUAGUGAAAAUCGAUGAGAGAGGAUUCCUCAUCUCUGGGUCUGUCAUCGGAUCCUCAACCAUUGAAGUGACUUCACAAGAGCUGUUUGGCAUCAACCAGACCAUCAUAGUUGCUGUUAAGGUCUGCCCCAUCUCCUACCUCAGGAUCUCCAUGAGGCCUCUUCUGCUGACCCAGAGCAAGGAGGCACUGCAAGCCCUGCCCCUGGGUGUGACACUGACAUUUAUAGUCCAUUUCCACGAUAACUCUGGAGAUACUUUCCAUUCACACAAUGCUGUGUUCAACUUUGCCACCAACAGAGACGACUUCGUGCAGAUCGCCAGGGGAGCCACCAACAACACCUUUGUGGUCAGGACUGUGAAUGUGGGGCUGACCCUGCUGAGGGUGUGGGAUGCGGAGCACAGUGGCACUGCAGACUACAUCCCACUGCCUGUGCAGCCUGCCAUCUUCCCAGAGCUCCCAGACGUGGUGGUGGGGGAUGUCCUGUGCCUGAGGACCUUGCUGACGGACCAGGAAGGCCUGCCAGGUAUGUGGAGCUCCUCCUCAAGUGCUCUCCUUCUCAUGGACUCCAAGACUGGUGUGGCCCUGGCAAGGGACUCUGGGAUGGUCACUGUUUACUAUGAGAUCCCUGGGUUACUGAAAACCUACAGAGAGAUCUUGAUUAAUGCACCUCAGAGGACCACAGCAAUGCAUGUCAGUGGCAUGCAGGCAAGCUUGCAGGGAGUGGCAGCCUCAAAAGUCAUAGUUUUAAUUGGGGAAACAAACAAAAACUUGAAAGGGGAGUGCUCACCUGCUCAGACUGAAGCCAUUGCUGAGUUACAACCCCAGUCCAUUAUCAGUUGCCAUCUUGAUUUCAACAGUGAUGCCUUUGACUUCCCAGCACAGGAUAUUUUUGUGGCAGAACCUGGAUUUGAUGCAGUUUCAGGCCACUACACGUGCUCCAUCAGGAUGCACAGCCUGACCGACAAGCAGCUGAGGCACCUGAGCAGGAGCCAGGCCGCGCUGCGGGUGACGGCGGCGCUGCGGGGCGGCGCGGGGCCCGGGCAGCAGCUGGGCACUGAGGUGCCCUUCAGCCGCUGGUUCUACGCCGACCAGGCCGAGAUGCUGCUCAGCAACCAGGACGUGAGCUCCGUGCUGAAAAUCUUCGGUGCCAGCGACAUCCUGGAUAGCCUGGAGGUGAAAUGCGAGUCCCCAGCAGUGAAGGUGCUGGAGAAGGAGAAGUCCUAUGGGCUGCCCAGUUACGUGGUGUACACUGUGAGCCUGGCUGAUCCCAGAGUUCCCAGCCAGGGCUCCCUGUCCACCACUCUCACUGUCUCCAGUCCCCUGACAGACCAGUCCAUCACCAUCCCAGUGACAGUGAUCUACCUGACUGACAGAACCACUGCACCCGUGAGAUAUGAAGCCACUCUCUUCCAGCAGUUUGUUGAAUCUUACCAGGUGAUGAUCUUCACACUCUUUGCACUCUUAGCAGGGACAGCUGUUAUGAUCAUAGCCUACCAUGCAUUUUUCUCGCCAAAUGAGCAGCACAAUCAGCCAGUGUUCCACCCAAAGACAAGUCUUCCGCACACCCCUAACAGCUCCAUCGUGUCACCUGCACAUUCCUUCAGCUCCCAGGCCUCCAGCAGGCAGAGCAGCCCCUCGUCCCCGCUCUGGAGCACGGGCUACGCCUCUCGCUAGAGGCAGCACAGCUCCUCCUCAUGGCAGAGAAAAAUAAAUGUACAACUCAGUGCCUUAGCAAGCUCAGCAGCUUCAGCAGUCGGAUUGUAAUUCAGGUUUGCUCUGGAAUACAACUAGGUCCUUAAUUUAUUUAAUUUUUUUACUAUUUAGGGCUCUUUGAGUUUAUUUUUUUAGGCCAGUGCUUCAGUUCUCAAAAGCUUGUUUUAUCUGUUGUCUUUUACUGCCUGCACAAAAAGCAGAGUUUAUGCUAGUCUGGCUUUCUUGCACUCUUCAAGCAACAAGAAGUUAUAUCUAAGUUAGAGUGACAACAAUUUUUUAUUUACUUUUUAUAAAAAUUAGAUUUCUUUCUAAUGAACUUUUUUAAGAAAAGGGAAAUGAGAAAAACAAGUGAAAUAUGAGCCAAAAAUUUGAAGGAUUGUAUAUUUCGAAGAACUGGUUUUUAUUUUGCGUUCCAAAAACUCAGGAAUGUAUUGCACUGAUAAGUGUUCUUAUAUUUAGCCUUACACUGGGAUUCACCAGCACAGUAUGCUGGUUUAGCAUGAGGAAUGCUGGAACAACUGUGAAUAAUUUAGAAGGUUUUUUUACAACAACAAUUAGAAAAGGAAAAAAAAUAAAGCCCAGAACUUAGUGUGAGUUCCUUUGGGUACAACUGCAGUAUUCCUUGGUACUGUAAGCACUUUUCUGAACUGGGAGUGUGAAAGCAUGUGCCUUUUAAGUGCACCUUUCUUCUGGUAGGAAUCCUUUAUUUUGAGGAUAUAAUCACAUCCCAGUCAUUUGUAUUUGUAAGCAGGGUUUUGCAGCUAUCAGAUAAGGGGUUUGUUUACAUAUAAAAAACAUCCCAGUUUUAACUGUGAAUACUAUUCUGGCUGUCUGAACUUUCCUAAGGACCAUAUGGAAAGUGAAAUAACAAAGUACUUAAUGCAAAAUACUUUUGUGUGCAGAACUAUGCAGGCAAAUAGAUAAAUGGAAUGCAAACCCAGUGUAUGGCAGAGUUUUGGUUUCUCACAGUGUUAAAAACAAAAGGAUUGUUACAUGUAAUUGUACUGAGUCUUGUUUAACUUACUGGCUAGUUCUGGAGAAAUUGUGCCUUAAGUGCUAGUACUACUUACAAAGGUCAGUUUGGAUGUAGAUAAUAAUUUGAAUCUGUAUUAAAGACUUUUAAGACUCCUUUGUUUUGAGUUUUCUUGUGGUAUGGCUGUUCAGAGUCUAGAACUGGACUAUAUUAUUUAAAUCUGUGUUAUUUAAUAAAGCUUUUAAAGAUUCCUUUA